UCCUAUAAAUACAAAUCCUCUCAUUUUUAUUCUCUCAAACACACCAAACUUUUUUGCCUAUUCUUCUUCUUUAACUUCUCAACAAAGAAAUCAUCAAUUAUGGCUUUUUUUAGAUCAUUGGCUUUGGUUCUUUUUCUCUCAUCCCUCUUCCUUCAUGCAGCAAUUGGUGAGCUUAUUUGCGAAGAUUUGCCACAAGAUGUGUGUGCAUUUUCCAUAGCAACAUCCGGAAAGAGAUGCUUGUUGGAGACGAAUGCGAAGGCCGACGGGAAGGUGGAGUAUCAAUGCAGAACAUCGGAAGUAGUUGUCGAACGAAUGGCCGAUUACAUCGAGAGCGAUGAAUGUAUAAAUGCCUGUGGCGUCGAUAGAAAUUCUGUCGGCAUUUCUUCUGAUGCUCUUCUUGAACCUCUUUUCACUGCCAAUCUUUGCUCUACUGCUUGUUACAACCAAUGCCCCAACAUUGUUGACCUUUACUUCAAUUUGGCUGCUGGCGAAGGUGCAUUUUUGCCUGAUCUAUGUGACGCCGCCCGAUCCAACCCUCACCGGUCAAUGAUUCAGCUGAUGAGCUCAGGUGUUGCCGCUGGUCCUAUUUCCAGCGAGGACUUAGCCCUUGCUCCUGCUUCAGCUCCUAUGUAAAAUUAUUAAUUAUUAAUCGUCAAAAUUUAUCAUUUUGCUAUUAUAUAAUCAUUUUUCAGUUUUAAUAUUAAUAUUAAUAUUUUGUAUAAGUUGAGAAUUAGGAAAUAUAGAGAGGCAUACUACUUUAUACGACCCCGUUUACUGGUGUAUUGAGUUGGGUUUGUUGUGUAUUCUUAUUUUAUACUGAUAUUAAAUAAAAUACAGAUUUAUACUUAA